GCGUGCGGAGGAGCGUGACGCGAGGGGGCCGCGGUGCUGCGGGCGGCGGCUGCUGCGGGCCCCGGGGCCUGGCCUCGCGCUGGUCGCGGUCGACGCCGUGGCCGCCGCGGACAUCGGCGGCGAGCGGGCCGACGAGCCGAUGGAGGCGCACCUGCCGCUCUGGCUGCUGCUGGAGCGGCGCCCUUGGCGGGCGACCCCGGACGCCUCGGAACGCGCGGCGCUGGUGGUGGCGCUGGUGCGUCGGCCCGAGCCUGUGGGGGCCGCCGCGGGCGUGGAGCUGUCGGACCUGAACCUGAACCAGCUGGGCAGACGUUGCGCGCCGCGGGCGCUCCGAUGGGUGGAGAUGGACGCGCGGGAACGCGCGAGGCUGGCGCUCGCGGGCUAUACACCGCCCAUCGUGAUCUUCGAGGAGUUGCUGGUGCUGCUCAUCUUUCCGAUGGUCGUUGAGCUUAUCCUCGCCGCCCCGUCGGUAUACGCCCUCCUGGGUGCCGACUUUCAGUGCUUCCGCAGCGCCG